AUGGAGAAAGCAAAAUUCAAAGUUGUCAUUGUUGGAGGAUCAAUCACUGGGCUAACUUUAGCCCACUGUCUCCACCAAGCAAAUAUCGACCACAUUGUUCUAGAGAGGCGACAUGAGAUUGCUCCACAGGAAGGAGCCUCUAUAGGUCUCUGGCCUAAUGGAGGUCAAAUAUUGGACCAGCUCGGUCUGUACGGCGAGCUGGAGAAGUUGACCGAGCCGUUGAACGUGAUGCAUGUGGUUUACCCUGACGGCUUCUCCUAUUCCAACACACUCUUCAGGCAGAUCCGCGAAAGAUUCGGAUAUCCUGUCUUUUUCAUGGACCGGCAAAAGUUGCUAGAUGUCUUGUACAAAACCUAUCCAAACAAAUCCAAGAUUCUAGUGAACAAGCUAGUGACUGAGCUUCGACAAUCCGAUGGCGCAGCCUGUGUCAUGACUGACGACGGAAGCACAUAUGAAGGCAAUUUAAUUGUCGGUGCCGACGGAGUCCAUAGCCGCCUUCGCUCAGAGAUAUGGCGACUGGCGGACAUCAAUCAACCCGGGCUGGUCACAGCGGAAGAAAAGCAAAGUAUGACCGUCGAAUACAGUUGCAUAUUUGGCAUCUCGUCUCCGCUUCCUGGUCUGGCAAGCGGAGAACAUGUCAACGCAUACAUGAAUGGCUUGACUGUCUUGACAUUCCACGGAAAAGGAGGCCGAGUAUAUUGGUUUGUCAUUCAAAAGCUUGAUCGAAAAUUCACUUAUCCAAAUGUCCCUCGCUUCUCAUUAGACGACGCAGAGAGAAGCUGCACGGCGCUGGCGAAGAUUCGUAUCUGGAGGGAUAUCUGUAUAGGUCACCUCUGGCAGGCGAGGGAAGUGGCCUCUAUGACUGCUCUGGAAGAAAACAUCUUCACCACAUGGCAUUAUCAGCGGGCCAUUUUAUUAGGAGACAGUAUUCACAAGAUGACCCCAAACAUCGGACAGGGCGCGAAUAGCGGAAUUGAAGAUGCAGCUCUGCUGGCUUCACUUAUCAACCACUUGGUCAAUAUCCAGGCGAUCAAGCAACCAUCGGAUCUUACCGUAAACAGAAUGCUGGAGAAUUUCGAGGCCAUACGAUAUCCACGGAUGGAAAAGAUUUAUCGGCGCUCCAAGUUUGGUGUGCGUAUGCAUACCCGCGAUGACCUCUUUAAAAGGAUUCUGGGGCGAUAUGUGAUCCCGUUGACAAAAGAUCGCCUAGCAGUUAUGGCUUCUCAGUUGAUAGUGGAUGGAGCAGUCCUCGAUUUCCUACCACAGCCAAAGCGGCGAUCGGGGCCGGGGUGGCCGAAACCCGGUAAUUGUAGAGAUGGGCAGAAUGGGCAUAAGCGGAUUCAAUAUAUCCUGAUGAGUAUAGUGUUGGUGGCUCCGGCCUGGGUCUAUAUUUUUAGUUCUCUUGUGUGGUAG